AUGUCGCUCACUGAGAAGGAGCCCUCGCCGUCGCCAAUACGGCGUCAAAGCGACGAUGCAAAGAAACCUACAAAUGACGGCAAGAUUGGACCAAAUGAAGCGAGAAGCGGGAUGAACCCCUACUUUCGUAUUUUCACAUACGCCGAUGCGCUGAGUUGGACCCUCAAUAUCGUAGCUUUCGUUGCAGCCAUUGCUGCUGGCGUAUUGCUGCCGUUGAUGAACUUGGUAUUUGGUAAAUUCGUGACUAGCUUCACUGGUUUCGGUACUGGCGCAAUUUCGGCAGCAACAUACCGCGCAGACGUGAACAAAUUCACACUGUACUUCAUAUACCUCUUCGUUGCGAAAUUUGCGUUGGUGUACAUUCACUCAGUAUGCAUUUCAAUUGCCGCUAUACGAACGACCAAGGCUCUCCGGGUCGACUUCAUCAAGCAUAUCUUACGGCAGAACAUCGCAUACUUCGAUUCCGAGUCUAUUGCAUCCGUCACUACUCAGGCAACGACGAACGGAAAUAAUGCAUCUAAUGGGAUUUCUGAAAAGUUGAGCAUGACAAUCCAAGCAGUGUCCACUUUUGUAUCGGCAUUCGUUGUCGCAUUCACCGUUCAAUGGAAACUCACGCUGAUAACUAUAUGCGUUGUUCCCACCAUCGUAGUGGUAGUGGGCAUAUGUGUUACCCUUGCCACCAAGCACGAGUCCCGUCAACUCGAAAUCUACUCAACGGCAGGUCUGUUGGCUGAAGAAGUCUUUUCUUCCAUUCGCACAGUGCAUGCUUUCUGGCUCAACCCUUUGCUGUUGCGCAAAUUCGACAAGUUCUUGGACGAAGCCAUGGUGGUUGGCAUGAAGCUUUCGCCUGUAUUCGCUGUCUUAUUUUCGACCGAGUUCUUCUGCGUGUAUUCAGCGUACGGAUUGGCGUUCUGGCAGGGUAUCAGAAUGUACUUUAGCGGGGAGAUCCGCGAGAGUGGUGAUGUAAAAUCGGAGAUUGACCCAUUGAACGAUGAAGGGAUCGUUCCGGAGACUUGCGACGGAGUAAUUGAAAUCAAGGACAUUACGUUUGCUUAUCCUGCAAGAGCAGACACUACUGUCUUGAAUGGACUUACAUUGUCUGCACCAGCACGCCAGACAACCGCUUUGGUAGGAGCAAGUGGUUCUGGAAAAUCCACCGUUAUCGGCCUUCUCGUCUAUGAGAACGUCGCAUCUGGGCUCUUUGGGACAGAUAAGGCAAACCUGCCCGAAGUCGAGCAGCGUGCUCUGAUCGAGAAGGCAUGCAAAGAUGCUUAUGCUGAUGAGUUCAUUGCUCAGCUUCCCAAGGGCUAUGACACUCAGCUCGGCGAACGCGCUAUGAAUCUUUCGGGUGGACAGAAGCAAAGAAUUGCCAUUGCACGUAGCAUUGUCUCCGAGCCGACAGUACUUCUCCUCGAUGAAGCCACGAGCGCCCUCGAUCCCAAAGCCGAAAAGAUUGUUCAGCAAGCGCUCGAUCGGGUUUCAAGGAAUCGCACAACCAUCGUCAUUGCCCAUAAGCUUUCUACAAUACGAACGGCCGAAAACAUUGCUGUCAUCGCAAAUGGUGCCGUCGUCGAACAGGGUGCGCACGAGGAGCUGUUGAAACUCGACGAAGCAUAUGCUCGUUUGGUCAACGCACAAGAUCUUGGUCAAGCUGAGGGUGAUGAAGUCGUAGCCGAAGAGAAGACCGCUGAAAGAAUCGCCCUUGUUCGAACACAGACACAGACACAGGGCGCGCCCCAAGUCUCCAUUGAUUCUAAAAAGAAUGGCGCAGACAUUAACUUGAUCAGCUGCAUCUUCAUUGUACUAAAAGAGCAGAGCCAUCUCUGGAAGUUAUUCAUCAUUCUCGCUAUCGCGACGAUCGCUGGAGGUGCGGCGUAUCCAGCCCAAGCCAUAUUGUUCUCACGGGUGAUUGGAGCGUUCCAACUGUCGCCAAGUGAAGGGGUUGAUCAAGGCGACUUCUACUCUCUGAUGUUUUUUAUAAUCGCGAUCGGCAUCCUUAUGGUAUUUGCUACCGUUGGCUGGGUCAGCAAUAUCGUCGCACAGCACGUCUCUAGAAGGUACAGACAUGAGAUAUUCGAACUGAUUGCAAAGCAAGACAUGGCCUUUUUCGACGAUGAAGCCAAUGCCAGUGGAGCGCUAGCCUCGAACCUCUCGAACUAUCCCAACAACAUGGCCGAACUUCUUGGCUUCAACAUCAUGCUCAUCGGCAUCAACAUCGUCAACAUCCUUUCCAGCUCGAUCCUCGCUAUCGUCGUUGGCUGGAAGCUUGGUCUGGCCGUCGUCUUCGGAGCGAUGAUACCUAUUGUAUUCUCUGGCUAUCUCCGCAUCCGCCUUGAGUUCAAGUUGGAAGAAGACACCGGCAAACGAUUUGCUAGUAGCGCCGCUCUAGCAUCUGAAGCUGUAUCAGCCAUUCGUACCGUGUCAAGUCUUGCGCUGGAGCGACACAUUCUUGAUAAAUAUCAAGGGCGCUUACAAGGUGUUGCGCGGAAGUCGAUCAAAGCCUUAGUGUGGACUAUGUUUUGGUACUCACUCACCCAGUCCAUUUCAUUUCUAGCAAUGGCCUUGGGCUUCUGGUAUGGCGGCCAACUCAUAAGCAAUGGCGAGUACACCACGACACAAUUCUUCAUCGUCUUUAUUGGCGUUAUAUUCUCCGGAGAGGCAGCUGCACAAUUCUUCUCCUACACAUCCAGUCUUACCAAAUCUGCUACCGCAGCGAACUACAUUUUCCGGCUGCGGCGUCAGCAGCCUGCUGUCCAGGAAGAUUCGUCGAAACCACCGUUUGAAGGCGAUGAUGCCAAAGGGCCGGCGCACAUCGAGGUACAGAACGUCGCUUUUGCGUACGAGUCGAGGCCGCAUGCGAAGGUUUUGGAAGGGAUCAACAUCGAUGCUCGUCCCGGCCAAUUCAUAGCACUAGUCGGUGCCAGCGGAUGCGGAAAGUCGACCAUGAUCUCGCUUCUCGAACGUUUCUACGAUCCAGUCUCUGGGUGCAUUUCCUGCGAUGGCGCCAACCUGCAACAUCUUUGUCCCAGGAAAUACCGCAGAGAUGUUGCGCUUGUGCAACAAGAGCCCGUCUUGUAUCAGGGAUCUGUACGCGACAACAUUGCCAUGGGGAUGGAGACAGACGUUACGGAUGCUCAGGUCGAAGCAGCCGCGAAGCAGAGCAACAUUAGCGACUUUGUCGCUUCCUUGCCCGAAGGGUUCGCAACCAUGUGCGGAAGUAGAGGGACGCAGCUAUCUGGAGGUCAACGCCAGCGCAUUGCGAUUGCACGUGCUCUGAUACGUGAACCGCGAUUACUCCUUCUUGAUGAAGCGACUUCUGCGCUCGAUACAGAGUCUGAAAGGGUAGUACAGGCUGCCUUGGAACAAGCACAGAGCGGAAGAACGACAGUCGCAGUAGCUCACCGUCUAAGCACCAUCAAAGGUGCUGAUCUCAUUAUGGUGUUUGCGAGGGGAAAAAUUCUUGAAAUUGGCACUCAUCAGGAGUUGUUGUCGAAGCGAGGUGUAUACUACGAGAUGUGCCUAGGGCAAAGUCUCGAUCGCAGCAUACCAGCUUGA